AUGAGGAAGAUGUACAAAAUGGUGCAGCAGCUGGAGAUAGAGAGUGCAACAUCUUUAGGCCAAAUGGGCCCUGCAGCAGCUGAACGUUUGCCGCAGCUGAUCGAAGCCUUGGUGGAUAAAGAUGAAGACGUGCGCAGCUUCGCCGCAGAGGCCUUGGGCAGGAUAGGUCCUUCAGCAGCAGCAGCAGGUUUGCCGCAGCUGCUUCAAGCGCUAGAGGACCAGGUUGAAUUUGUACGCAGCAGCGCUGCAGAGUCGUUGGGGAGGAUGGGUCCUGCAGCGGUCGAAAUUGUGCCGCAGUUGUUGAAGGCACGGGAGGACCAAGAUGACAAUUUACGAGGUGGUGCCGCAGAGGCAUUGGGAAGCAUCGGUCCUGUCGCAAAUGAAGCCGUUCCGCAGCUGCUGAAAGUGCUGGAGGACAAAGACCAGCCCUUGCGGGGACAUACUGCCGAAGCCGUGGCCAAGAUCAAUCCUGCAAGUCUCCCGUGGGAGAGUCUGAUUGCUGCGCUUGCACGAGUGGAUGCGAUGGAGCCAGCCCACGGUAUCCUGUUGCAGCUUGCGCCGUCCCACCACCAGUGUAGUGAGGAUUCAAUGGAUCCACUUGUAGCAACUGCAGUGCAGCAGGCGAUAAGGUACACCAAGCGCAAGGACGUGUUUCGGUUGGCCGUCAAGGCUCUGCCUGCCGCGUUGAGAACAUCCGAACUUUCAACCUUCCAGCGACGCAGCCUCGUGCAGCGAGCCCUCCAAAAGGUGCCCUACACCGCAGUGGAAUGCAAACUGCAUGAGAUGAUGGAAGCUCAGCCUACCAGUUCCCUCCGUGAUCCAUCGGAGCAAGACAUGAGCCUGCCGGACUCUGAUGAAGCCUCUUUCAUUUUUACUCUGAGCAGCAGUGGCAAGCCAGUAAGGGACGAAGCACUGCUUGCUCAACUAGCAGGUCACCUGCCUCAGAAGUCCUUUGGUGUGAAAGCCGACUCUUUUGGAUGCAGUUCCGGUUGCGAAGCAUCGUUGAGGCAGUACGGCCUUCAGACGGAUCAGAACAAAGCAGCAGAUGCUUCAUCUCAGGAGUCGCAACUCAGCUGUCAAUCUGAAGCCCCUGAAGUGCCUCGGGAACUCUUGUCUCCGUGA